AUGGUAGAGGCUUUCUGUGCUACCUGGAAGCUGACGGACAGUCAGAACUUUGAUGAAUACAUGAAGGCUCUAGGUGUGGGCUUUGCCACUAGGCAGGUGGGAAAUGUGACCAAACCAACUGUAAUUAUAAGUCAGGAAGGGGACAAAGUGGUGAUCAGGACUCAAAGCACAUUCAAGAACACAGAGAUUAGUUUUCAUCUGGGAGAAGAGUUUGAUGAAACCACUGCAGAUGACAGAAACUGUAAGUCUGUCAUUAGCCUGGAUGGAGACAAACUUGUUCAUGUACAGAAAUGGGAUGGCAAAGAAACAAAUUUUGUAAGAGAAAUUAAGGAUGGCAAAAUGGUUAUGACUCUUACUUUUGGUGAUGUGGUUGCUGUUCGCCACUAUGAGAAGGCAUAG